CAUUACGGCUUUAUGGUUUCCUUCUAACAACAGUUUUGCUUUCUAAAGAAGCUUGACAACCAAGUGGAUAGGUUGUCAGCUUGGUCAGUCUUAUCUAAGUCUAUUAUUGAAGCCCAUCUAGAUAAACAAUGUCAACAGUCCAUUACUUUUUCGAAGUUUUACAAAAGGGCUUAAUAAACACGUAGUCAUGAUAUGUCUCUGACUAUUGUGCCACAUAUUAAUUGCACCUUAAAACAAAAGGCUGUUGUGAGUAAAGUGUUCAUCCGGUCUUCUACACGAGAUGUUUACUUGUCGAUGACUCUUUUUGAAAGUUGUCUACGAAUUUGGCGAAGCAACAAGAAAGUACUUGACCGAGGUUAAUAGCUCGCCACGACAAGGUAAAGAAUCUUUGUCGUUUGAGCAGUAAGUACAUAGAAGCUGAAUUUUAAACGUAUUUGUCCCAAAUAUCGAUGAAUGAAAACGGCUUGGGCAUUCAAAUUUGAGUGCCAAAUUACCGACGUUCAGUUUGACCUUUCUCAGAUAAACUGAAACCUGUUGUCACGUUUCAAUACUCUUUCGUUUUUUUCCAAAACAAAACUGCCGAUCUCAGCGCUGAAACGAAAGUUCACGAGUUUCGACUCAGCACUGAAUAUGAUCCAUAUGAGCAACAAUCUGUCAGUGGUGAGCUGGUCAUGAAAUUCUCAGCUGACCAAGAGCGUUUGAUAUCAAAACAACGAUUUGAAUUCCAAGUCUUCCUGAACAUUUUCAAUUUCAGAAUGGCAAGUCUGAACUAUGCAAAGAUUGUGUGGCUAUAGAUUUUAUUAAACAGUCAUAAAAAUCGAGUAGAUAUUUCAAAAUGAGGCGACAAAGAAAAAGAACGGAGGGAAAACUAACCACUUUGACAUUCAACUGGCUGCCGUUGUAAGCAGGUUUCAUAUUCGCUCUGCCAGCGUUUUCAGACGUAUGCAGGCGCUGUGUACAAACUCCUUCUCUCAUUAAGUUGUUUAAAAAGAAAACAACUGUUUUCUAUUUUCAAAGUUUGACAAAAUAUAAAAAAGCAAAGCGUGAAGUACGGUUUUGAACCGUGCACAAGCUGCCUCCUGACUGAGCCGAUCAAAUGCAGUCAAAUAUUUCCCAUAGUUUCUCAUUCUUAUAUAAACUUAAACCUUAUUUUGCUGUGUUUAACUGAUCCAUGACUCAUGAUAACUCAGCUCAGUGGAGAUCGAGACAAAAGCCGAAACUCUACAGCUUUAAAUAUCAUUUUCCAAGCUGGCGCUGUGGAAGAAGAAAGCAUGGGAAAUUUCCCAUAAAUAGUAUCUGUUUCACUUUCCAGCCAUAAAUUUUAGUUGAGCUGUUCAGAUAAGUAUAUUUCAGUUUAUACCUUCAUAUCACAGAGCUCCAGUCGACUUUCUUGAUGACCCUUGUUAUUCACCACUGGAAAAGACGUCAGAAGAUUUACCAUCGAGUGGCCCAGUCGACAGUAAGUAGUCCCACAAUUUGUUUAUCUAAAUGAGUCUGUUGUAAAUUUAGCUUCGCGUUCCCAACACAGUUCGCAACUUAACCCACCGAUAAACCAAUGUUUUCGUGAUGUGGAUAGUUUCGAUUUGACGGUGAUGUUUUUAACGCCAAAUCUUAACGCAACAUCUUUCGCGUUGAAAAUCGAUAUCGUGUAACAUGGUGCACAGGGCAACUUAAAACAAGACUUCGUUGCGGCGACAUGUUUCAGGUUUUUGAAAGCCAUUAAAAAACCUGCAACACUGUUGCCCGAAUUUAGAAUGUUGCGUAAAAUUCGUCUCGUUUAACAUCAUCUUUGCAAGGAGUUCAAUUUUUCCGCGAGAAAUCGUUGUUGCAUUUGUCCCGUGAAACACCGCCUUUACUAUUAUAGGACGUCAGCUAUGUAACUUUUACAUACCAAAGAUAUUCUUCGAAGAAUUGAAUGUUAAAAUUUUUUGUCAGAGUCAACUUCGAAGCUGAUUGCUGUGGAAACUGCGGAAGCCGAUAAGGGACAAUCCCAAAAUAUUUACGAAAUCCGAAAAAAAUAUUUUCAAAAUCCGAAAAAAUAUUUCAAAUCGUAAUGUUUUUUGAAAAACAUCGUUUACGAAAGAAAUCGAGAUUCAUUAACUCUUGUGCUAUUUACACCUACAGGAGCAACUAUGGCGUACGUAAAUUUGAGCCAAAGAGAAAAUUCUUCACUGUUAAAUAAUGAACUGGAGAAGGAAAACCCGGAGCUGAGACGUGGUACCGAAUACUUAGUGUUUGCUCUAGCUCUGGCAAUAGUCAUGCUGGUUGCAAUAUUUGGAAACAUGACGUUGAUCGUCACGAUCUGCCGCACCGCCAGCUUGCGCACGCGCACAAAUAUGUUUAUCCUAAACCAGGCAUGUGCAGACGUGGGAGUCGCUUUGUUCUGCAUGCCGUUUUCAAUUGCCACGUGCUUUACACGAGGCUGGGUGUUUGGUGACGGUCUAUGCCAGCUGAAUGGUUUCAUGUACAUUCUAUUCGAGGCCUCAUCGCUGUUCACGCUCACUGCGAUAAGCAUCGAGAAAUACUUUUCCAUCGUCAAGCCCAUGGCCGUUGUCAUGACGACAAGACUGGCGUGGAUUAUGAUAGCCAUGACGUGGCUCACAGCGCUUAUUCUGGCGACGAUACCGCUGACUGGUGUUAUGACAUUCGUUUACAAGCCUGGUUCGACCCAGUGCGGUGUCUUAAUCACCGAAAGUAACAGUCAAACCGUCUACGCUGUUGUGAUGCUUCUAGUCGCCUUCCUUAUGCCGCUGUGCAUCAUGGGAUUCUGCUACAUCAAUAUCUUCAGGGCCGCAAGGAAACAUAACAUUCGUCUUUCCAGGAUGUCGCUGUCGAGUAUUGAGAGCGAGAUCUCGCUGACUGCUCAAAAACAAAUCGCGCUGACCAUUUUCGUUAUGCUCAUCGUUUUCGUUAUUUGCUGGACACCUUUCUUUUUCAAAAUGAUGUACAUGUCAAUCCACCACAUGAAGAUCCCGAAUGCAUUUGCGCACAGCCUGGGCCUAGUGUCAUAUUGGUUUGCCUUUCUAAACAGCAGCGUAAACCCCUUCGUGUACGGUGUCAGGAAUCCUCUCAUCAGAAAAGAGCUGUAUUCGAUGUGCUGUCGAAGAUUUCAAAAUGACCAGCAAGCACUGGAAAAAGGGCAUGCCUCAGAAGGUGAACCGUAUUCGCCGCCGCCUCAACCGCACAGCGACUGGAACAAAACGUCCUCUGCCUACCCCCCUUAUAUUAACGCUGUUACACUGUCCGAGGAAGACAUAGUCAGCCCAAACGAGGGAAUUAAUAAGCCAACAACCGACAGAGGAACUCAAACAGUGGAGGUGUGGCAAAUUCUAUCUAUCGACGAUUUACCACACAUUUAUUUGACAAACGAUCCUUCCUGCUUAAGAAACGAAACGCUUCCAAGUAGUUUUACGUCGCUGGCAUCACUGCAUCAAAACGCACACACCGGCAGAGCCAAUGAAGUCAUGUGUUCCACAUGCUCCAGCGCAUGCUCUGAAAGUGAUCACGUGAUGAUUAGCGGCAGCCAGGAGGUCGCGUGUUCCAGUGAGUCAGAGGUUGAUAGUCUGUGUAGCGGUUGCCAGUCAAACUCAGAAUGCUCGACUUCUUAUGGAUCAUCCAGUUGCGAAGGGCGCGAAGUUGACUCAAACUCGUGCUCUUCCCUUUCGGACCACACCAAGGAAAUUUUUCAAGAUCAUUAUCAUCACGCUACGGUCAAAAACAGAGAGAAAGCUGUCUCUUUUUCGGAGACGACCAAGGUGUAUGAGAAAUCUAAAAUUAUCUGGAUGGAAACACAGCUGUGAGCUGUCUUCAAUACAGUCCUAGUUUUGUAAAGUUUUGAGUUCAAAACAAAAUCUGGCCAUUUAAUUUUGGCUAUAAAAACCGGAGUGUGCAUAUCAAAUAGGAAUAGAAAAGACAAAAACGUCAGAUGUACUCAUGUCUGACACUUACAUAUUUCUCCAAUCUACGUAUAACUAGCUGUGCAGGUUGCAGUUUAACAAUAAAACAUAUCCAACAUAUCCCGGUAAAAUUUUGGAAAAACAGAGAAUGAUAGGUCGUUGUUCUGUGUCGAAUUUGGGAACACCAGAAAAUUUGUUUUUGGCUACUGAGUUUCUAAAAGAAAUAUUUCUUUUGCAAACGAUUAUCUAGUUACAUUUUUCUUGAUGAUGUUGAUGUUUAGAGAUUUCGGCUGAUCGUUACGGCAACUUUCUGAAUGUAGAGCCUGCCAUGAAUAUUGGAUGAUACUGCAUAAACCCCAGCUACAUUAGCUGCAAAGAUUCGCACAUUUGCCAGCCUGUAACCUGGUCUUAUAGCUCGUCACGCAAUCUUUUGGUUGAGUGACGUGAAAGAUUGCGUGAUGAGCCAUAAGAAGGAACUUGUUUCUUGUGGAAAACCCCCUUGUACUUAUUGAACACAUGUGGAUGACAUUCCAAUCUCGUACCUUUAAUUUUUAAAUAUAACAAGGAAAGUGAAAAGAAAACUGACUUUAGGGAGCGUUUGUUUGUUUUGUAACU